AUGCUCCAUGGGACUUUAGUCUGCCGAUUUUUCUUGCACAGCGACUGGACAGUGGGCAUGAUCAUGUCGUACGAAUCUGCAUUACCAUCGGAAGGCUCCCGUCGUGGUCACCGAAAGUCUCGUUAUGGCUGCGGCGAGUGCAAGCGUCGGCGAAUCAAGUUGUGUGAUGUCAGUCUGAAUGAGGAUCCCUCAGAUCUGCUCAAAGACUUUAUUAAGUACCUGGUGAUCUAUCGUGGAGUGAGAACAGUGGCCACGCAGGCGUGGCAGCUUAUGUUGCAGACGAAUUUGAAGGAACUCCUCGACGACAGCCAAGCUCGAGCCACUGUUCUCGGAACAGGCAACAAAACUUUAUCCACAAAGACGCUCAUUAAAGAGAGUCUGGGAUUAGACGAGGAACAGAAAUUAGACUGUGAGGAAGCGAUUUCCAGGCUCGAGGCCGCCUUUGAUUUGGAAGGGACAGUCGCAUCCGAGGAUGCCGAACAACAGUGGCUCUUUUACGUUCUAUCUUGGCCCCUGACGGUAAGACGUGGGUUUCUCUCCGCCACCGAAUCAAGGCGACCAGAGGCUCUUAUUGUCAUCGCACACUACUGCGUCCUGUUGCACUGGUGUCGAGAACAUUGGAUCGUUGGUCCGACUGGCCGCGUUCUCUUUGGUGGGAAUGGAAAGAUCCAACUACAUCUGGUAAGGUUGCCGCCUCUUAUAAAAGGACUACGAAACCACGACAUGACCUUUGUCUCAGACGACCAAGCCUUACAUUCAUUCUUCUAUUCACCGACGGGAAUCUUUAAUAUGUCAUAUCCUGUCAUUUCACUCUCCGCCUGCGCGGACGCGAACAUCUCUGUGCCUAUCCUCCCUGGCGCCGAAAUACUGUCUCUUAGCGCAAUUCCUGUACUCAACUACACCCAAACCGCGUCGCAAGAUUACAACUACAACCAUCCUACCAUCAAGGCAGAGAACCUUGAUUUCUGCAAUGUUACAAUCACCUACACUCACCCCGGACAGGAAGAUACUCUGGGUGUCGAAACCUGGUUGCCUUUCAACAACUGGAAUGGUCGGAUCCAAUCCGUGGGUGGCGGAGGUUGGAUUGCUGGCCGAUUUUUCCUCUCCUACCAGGCAAUGACUGGUGCGGUUGCAGAGGGAUACGUGACAUCCAGCAUCGACGCCGGACUUCAGGAUCGUGCUGGCCAGACAGCCUUCGUCCCGGAUGAAUGGGCCAUGGUUUCGGAGGGCAAUGUUGACCUCUACAAGCUACAAAAUUUCGGCUCAGUCGCUUUACACGACCAGUCUAUCAUUGUGAAGGCUCUCACGGAGAGCUUCUACGGGCAGAAGCAUGAGUACGCCUACUGGAGCGGUUGCUCCCAGGGUGGACGGCAAGGCCUCAUGCUCGCUCAGAGAUUCCCCGACGCGUAUGAUGGCAUUGCGGCCGCGGCUCCUGCCAUCUACUGGAACGAGUUCUUCUCAGCUUCCAUCUGGGCUCAGAUUCUCAUGAACGACCGUGAAGAGUUUCCGCCCGGUUGCGAAUUCGAUUUCAUCACGGCCGCCGCUAUUGCCGAAUGUGAUCCGUUGGACGGUCUUGUGGAUGGACUCAUCUCUGACGAAUCGUUGUGCAAAUUUGAUCCUACGGCUCUCGUUGGAAAGCAGUUCAACUGCUCUGAUACCGGCAAAGUGACCGUGCUCAGCGAAACGGCUGCCGUGGUAGCUAAAGCGGCUUGGGAAGGCCCUCGCACGCAAGAGGGAAACUUACUCUGGUACGGACCCAACAUGGAUGCUCGAAUUUCUGGAGAUGCAUCCGGCGGAGCGCAGACGUCGGACCUAGGUUACGCCCAAACUCUGUGCCAGAACGGCUCCUGCCAGGGGUCUCCCGUAGGAUUUGGUGAUAAAUGGAUCCCGCUCUUCGUCCAGAAGAAUUCUUCCGCAUCCUGGACAGACAUAACCCCCGGAAACUUUUCGAAGCUGUUCAAAAGGGCACAGCAGGAAUUCAACUCGAUAAUCGGAACCACCGAUGCAGACUUGACCGAAUUCCGCGCCGCUGGCGGAAAGCUCAUCACGUAUCACGGCGCAGCUGAUGGUCUGAUUCCAUUCAAGCAAACGGUUCACUACUACAAGGAAGUCUUGCAGAUCGAUCCCGACGCCCAGGACUUUUAUCGGUUCUUCGAAGUGCCUGGUUUAGGUCACUGUGCUGGCGGUGUAGGUGCACAGCCGACAGCUACAUGGGAUGCCCUAGUUGCCUGGGUAGAGAAGGGUCAAGCUCCUGAUUCAUUGCCGGUUGACUACACCAACCCCCAAGGACAAAAUGAGGAGCGCCUUCUUUGCCCCUAUCCUCUGCAGCCGCGUUUGUCCGGAGCUGCGGGACGUAAUGGCACCGAGGAUCGCCAGUGGCAGUGCCUGAAAGCCUAA